AUGGCGCCCAAGUGGACACACCUCAUCCGCUUCAUCGCUGUCGAAGAUGGCUUGAUUCAUCGCGGCCAGCUUUGCGACACAUCCAUCGACGUCGGCCUUGCUUGCAAGGAGAAGAAGAGCGUACAAGCGAAACUGAUAAAUGGAUCCGCCUUUGAUGGCAGCGUGACAAGCCAAGUCAUGGCGGUAGAUCAGCUCCUUAGUCCCCUCGACGUCUCCGAGGUACCACUGAUCCGAUGUAUGGGGCUCAACUACCACGACCACGCCAAAGAAGCCAACAUGCCCGUACCCACUCACCCUGUCCUUUUCAUCAAGCCUAGGACGGCACUCAGCGGGCCUCAUCCUCGCAAGAUCUACAUUCCCAAGUUUGUGCAGGAUGAAACCACCGACUACGAAGCGGAGCUCACGGUGGUGAUUGCCAAGGAUGGAAAAGACAUACCUGAAGCCGAGGCCAUGGACUACGUCCUGGGCUACACCUGCGGUAACGACGUGAGCGCCCGGACGGAGCAGUUCCGUAACAGCCAAUGGUCCUUCUCCAAGGGACUGGAUCAUUCAGCGCCCAUCGGCCCCGUCCUGGUAUCUCCGUCCGUGAUCCAAGAUCCUCAGGCCCUCGGCAUUCGAGCCACCUUGAAUGGUUCAACGGUGCAGGACUCUCACACGAGGGAAAUGAUCUUCUCAGUCGCGAAGACGAUUGCGUUCCUAUCCCAGGGAACCACACUUGAGCGCGGCACCGUCAUCAUGAUGGGCACUCCGCCCGGUAUUGGAAUUGCCCGAAACCCCAAGAUUUGGCUCAAGAGCGGCGAUGACAUGCGCGUUUCGAUUGAUGGAAUUGGUACUCUCAUCAAUGAGGUCUUUUACGAGUAG